CCCAUACGAAAACGCUCACUCUCGUCCCCGAUCGACUCCCCCUCCCACUCCGCGCGAGGGAAUUAGGGCUUCAUAGAGAGGUGUUUAGAGAACUUUGAGUAGGAGUCGAGCAUUUGGUAAUGGAGAUUGACUCGGAGACCAGCUCAAGCUCAAGUAAACCCAUGGAGAUGGAGACGGAGGAGCCCAUCGUGAGUGGGUCGGACUCAAAGGGUGAAGAAAAGGAGGAACUUUCUGAUUCGAUAAAGAAUCUGAACAUUGAGGAGUCAUCAUCCGGAUCGUCAAAUGCCAAUUUCAAGAGAAAGCCAGUAAUCAUUAUCGUUGUUGGGAUGGCGGGGACUGGAAAAACUACCUUUCUUCACAGGUUGGUCUGUUACACACAGGCCUCGGGUAUCCGUGGGUACGUCUUGAACCUUGACCCGGCGGUAAUGACCCUGCCGUUUGGUGCAAAUAUUGAUAUAAGAGACACAGUUCGCUACAAGGAAGUGAUGAAGGAGUACAAUCUCGGCCCAAAUGGUGGAAUUCUCACUUCGUUAAAUCUCUUCUCAACUAAGUUUGAUGAGGUUGUAUCCAUGAUCGAGAGACGGGCAGAUCAGUUAGAUUAUGUUUUGGUCGACACACCUGGGCAGAUUGAGAUAUUCACUUGGUCAGCUUCUGGGGCUAUUAUUACCGAAGCCUUUGCAUCAACAUUUCCGACUGUCAUUGCAUAUGUUGUUGACACACCUCGCUCAGCGAACCCAGUAACAUUCAUGAGCAACAUGCUCUAUGCUUGCAGUAUACUCUACAAGACCAGAUUGCCUAUGGUCCUGACUUUUAACAAGGUUGAUGUUGCGAAACAUGAAUUUGCAUUGGAGUGGAUGGAAGAUUUCGAGGCAUUUCAGACUGCACUAGACUCUGAUUCAUCAUAUACAUCAACACUAACAAGGAGCCUUUCUCUGGUACUCGAUGAGUUCUAUAAAAAUCUGCGUUCUGUGGGAGUUUCAGCAGUUUCUGGUAUUGGGAUGGAAGCCUUCUUCCAGGCCAUAGAAGCAAGCGCAAAAGAAUAUAUGGAGAACUACAAAGCUGAUCUUGACAAGAGACGAGCUGAGAAGGAACUGAUGGAGGCGGAGCGGAGGAGAGAGAACAUGGAGAAACUUAAGAAAGACAUGGAGAAAUCAAAAGGCCAAACAGUGGUGCUAAGCACUGGUUUAAAGGAUAAAGAAUCUGCUUCUAAGUUGAUGGACGAAGAUGAUGAGGAAGAGGAAGAGGAUGUAGAGGAUGUGAGGUUCUCGGAGGAAGAUGAGGAGGAAGAUGGUGAAGGUGAAGACGAAGAGUUGUCUCACUUUGCAUUCUAAAGGUACUUGUAUACUUGCAAAACAGGUUCACUGGGUUAAAGAGGAAGGAGCACCCUGGUGUGUUUUUUCAGGAUUGAUAGUCUUGUGGAAUUAAAACUGUCAAUAGAAAUGAUUAACCCUUUGGUAUGCCGGACUUCUUGUGUGUAAAGAUUGAACAUAAUUUUGUUUGACUUGCAUAUAAUCUGUUUUGGCUGACAUCCGCUAAGUUGGAAUAGUAUUGUUUUGCACUUUAACAGUUUGUAAAAUUAUGCUGGCCGUCGACUCCUUUUUCUAUUUUUCAUAAAA